AUGGCCUCGGCCACAUCGGCGAUGUCGUUGUCCAACUUCCAGCUCAUCACGUCCUCGACGGUACCCAUCAGUUGUAUCCUAGCUUACAACACCCCAAUCCGCGGCUGCUCCGAAAGCGACUUCGACACCGAGAGGACCUGCUCGGUCGCUUGUGUUAACGGUCUCAUCAAGGUCCAGCAGACGCUCCAGGCUGUCUGCGACGACACGAGCAUCCCCGACGCCUCGGUGUUAGGCCAGGUGUUGCAGGGCAACUUGGUGCAGCUGCUGUGCCCGGGUAAACUCUCAACGACGGCCGCUGCCCUAACUACUACGUUGCGUUCAGUGCUCACUUCAAGUACAGUACGUCCGACGACGUCAUCGACGCAAAGCUCCUCUUCGAUGACCCAGACGGAGCAGGAAACCUCGACAUCUAGCCUUAAUUCGUCACCAACGGCCCUCAGCCCGACCUUUGUGCAGUCUGGCCAACCCGCCCCGACAUCAUUUGUGCAACAGCCCGGCACCACCGCAAAUUCUGCCUCCGCAGCAUCCGAUCCGACGCCCCCGUCAAAUCUCGGCGGCGGGAGCCCCUUCGACCCCGUACCGAGUGAUGGUUCGGGGCGGCGGUUUGUGGAUCGCUGGCUUGGGGCGUCCUGCAUUACAGUGGCUUUGGGAUUGCUGCUGCUACAGUAG